AUGAGGUGCAUGAACCAAAGCACGUUUUUCGAAAACUACGUCUAUGCCCUUGAGCAUGACUUCUGCUCUCCCACUGGGGAGCCUGCCGCCUGGGCGCCUGGUUAUCCCAGAUAUUGGGGUCAGGAAACAGCAAGAAUUCAGCUAGAGGGGAAGGCAAACGCGCUUGCUCUCAGUCCUGACAGUAAGAUUAUUGCUGUGGGCAUUGACAGGGAGAUCCAUAUCUUCAAUGCAGAGACGCAGGAACGUGUUGAUGUGUUGAGAGGACAUACGUGUGCCGUGGAGCAGGUCGAGUUUGCUCCAAAGAUUAUCAAUACUGUGGGCUCAGAAGGCACCCGGUACAUCCUGGUUUCGACAGGCGAGGAUCUUGAAGAGAGUGCUGGAGAGGAUUACCGCCCUGAGGGAUAUGAUUUCGCGGUGAUCGUCCUAUGGGAGCUGGAUGAGCGCGGGAGACUCCGACAAAAGGAAGAAAGGCCAGUUGACGUUGACACCCUCACGAGCAAAACUCUACAGCCCCUUGUAUCAGACCUAGUGUCGAACUACGGCUGGAAACGUGAUGAAAAAGCCAUGGGGGCUAUUGAACAGGCCAUGAAAAAGGCUCUCCAAAAUGCCGUCAGUCUACACGAACAAGAAAGCAAAUUCCGUCUUCAAGGCGAAUUGGCCUCCUUCGGUAGCCCCACAUUCAGCCCAGAUGGCAGGACUAUGAUCUAUCUCAGUCAGAACGAAACAACCCAGCACGGACUUCGUGACCCUGCUCUCCUCCCAUGUGUCAAUCUCUGGGAUACGCAGAGCCGGUCUCUUCGACACCGAUUGCUCGGCCAUACAGACUCUAUCAUGUGGGCCGGGAUAAGUCCAGACAAUACUCUAGUCGCGUCCAUCGCAUGGGACGGCACUGCGCGAGUUUGGGAUGCCAACUCCGGAGUUUGUAUUCACGUGUUUGGUUUCGGGGACUGUCAGCUCUGGAGCGGCGCCUUCUCUCCCGAUAGCAAGUACCUCGCUAUCAGCCAGGGAAGCCCCAGAACCCAUAUCCAUGUCUACGACCUUCACACAGGACAGUCCGUCUCUCGCUUCGACGGAUUCCGUCACUGGGCACGCACCCUAGCUUGGAGCCCUGACGGUACGGUAAUUGCAGCAGGAGGGGACAGCGGCACAGUGCGUCUUUGGGAUCCGUUGACCGGCGAGGAACGGAUGCAAUGGCGUCUGGCGUUUGAGGAUCCCGUGAUGCGGAGCUUUGCAGGAAUUCAAAGCGUGCAGUUCGUUGAUGAGGGAAGAAAGUUGGUGUUCCGGACCCAGGAGGGGACGGUGGAGACGUAUGAUUUCCAAAGUAAUCUCAAGCAGCAGUUUACGAGAGGUGCGGGGGAUAAAAUUGACACGAGCCCUGAGGGAAGGAUGGCUGUUUCGAGUGGUGCUCAGCUGCUGGUCGUUCCGGACGCGGAUGGGGUUUUGAGACUGUGGAAUCUGUAG